UUGAGCACUGGUUGGUUUUCCGUUUCCUCGAACAUGGAAAUACCAGCUGGUGGGAUGGUCACGGUCACGUGGUGCAGACCUACCUCUCCACGUGCAGCCACUGGCCACGGGCAGUCUUCGACAUGCUCGUUAAUUAAGUUAAACAAAGUAGGAAGUUCAGUUCCUAAGGCUCUGUGGGUGUCCAGGUGCUCCCUGGCCACUAGCGGCUGGAGGCUGCAGGCUGGCGGCACAGACGUGGAGCAAUCCCAGCAUCAGGGGACGUUCCACUGGACGGCGCUGGAGAGCUUUCCCAGGGAACGCUUGUGCACCCUCACACUUGGGGCUCCCUCACACACGUGUGUGCCACAGAUGGUCACUCAUCUCUGGCCUGAGAACCUGGGGGAGGGGUCCACUGCGCGGCUCCGGAGUGGUGCUGGCCCACCUGCUCUCAGACGGCGAGCAAGCCGCAGGCCCAUCAUCCUGGGACCCCAGCUCCGCACGGCUCUCCCCAUGCUUCUCCAUCUGCCAUGGUCUCCCCAUCACCUCCAGCCCAUGGGCCGGGGUCCCCAGUUUCUUUCCCCGAUCCGCCCCCCCCCCACCGGCUGGCAUCACAGGCGCUUUGCUCUUCCUCUCCUCACUGUCCUGAUGAUGUUUCCUCGGGUCACCAAGCAACAGAUGAGCAGCAGACUUGUCAGCAAGCACACAGGCUCGUGCACACCAGGCCAGGCUGUGCCCUGACGGGCUUCGGUGCCGACUGAUGAAAAGGCUCCAGUGUGGCCGCUGCCAGUGGGGCUGGUCCUCCGCCCAUGUGCACAUCCUCUUCCACCUGUGGUGGGACGAGGACAGCCGGCUGGGGCUGGUGAAGAUGCGCCUCUGGGGCCAGCAGUGCAGGGUGUGCCCACCAGGCAGAGACACCUGCCAGGUGAGCCUCCUGAACGUGCGGCUCUUCCUCAACAAGCUGGUGCUGUUCAUCGUGCAGAAGUGCUACGGGGAGGGCCCCGGCGCCGACCAGUGCCCCGAGAUCUGUUUCGGGGAGCGCUGCGAGGCCUGCGACCUGGGGGUCUGCUUCUUCCAGAAGCCCCCAGACCCCGCCUGGGGGCCUGAGGUCAAGAGCCCCAGCGCAGGCAAGGGCAGCACGGCCAGCCCCGCCCCCCUCAACAGCCACCUCGCGGUCGAGCGCUCCAGGGGCUACUCGCCCCGUUCCGUCACCGCCCACCUCUUGGAGGACAGCACCUUCUUCCAUGAAGACGAGGACGUUGUCACCGUCCCCUUCUCCCUUGUGCGCAAGGACAAGGGGCCCACGGCUGAACACUCUGGGCAGGCCACCAUCGGCAGGGGCUCUCUCUACCUGCCGGCCAGUUCCAAGACCACACCCAAGGGCAGAAGCCUUCCGGUGAACCUAAGAGCCCCCAUCUUCCAUGGCAAAGGCCCCCUCCUCAGCAGCAUCAAGCCCCUGGAGACCACAAACUUCAUCUACAAAGGCCAGAGCUGCAUGCCCAUCCCCGACAAGGACGAGGAUGAGGACCCUGAGUGGUCUCUGGGGCACGGCCAGAGCCUCGUCCCUGAUGGGGACAGCCCGCAGCUCCUGCCCUAUGUGGUCGGCCUCACGAACCAUGGAGAGGGCUCCCUCACCUUCCCCUCAGCCUUGGCCGACCUCAUCGAGGAGGAGGACAACCCCGCCAUCCUUGAUGGCUCCCUCACCUUCCCCUUCAUCUUUGCCGACCAGAGCAAAGGUGGGCCUUCCUCUGCCUGCAGCACCAAAGGCAAAGGGGAGGAUGGCGGCCGCGGCCCCCUUCCAGGGACUAGUGCCCGUGGCUCCCUCGCAACGAGCAGUGGCGCCAUCACCAUCCCCUACUCAGUCCUUGGCGUCAUCCGGCACAAGGGCUCCGGCCCCACGGCCGGUGGCCCUCAAAGUGGCUGUGACCAGAAGCGGAGGCAGCGCAGGUCUGCGCUGGGCAGGUGCCCCCGGGAGGAGGACUUCUGCUGCGUUGAAGGCUGCUGUGUGCCCCGCUUCGACCCCUAUGAGGAGGUCUGGAUCUGGGUCUCCGUGGCCGCCUGCGUCCUCUGGAUACUGUACCUGUACACCGUCAGCCCCGACAGCUCCCCGCGGGGGUGAAGUGUGACACCCUUCCACAGGGCUGCCCAGGCAGCAGCAGAGCAAAGCCACCUCCCCGUUGCCGCCCUGGCCGCACCCCAGCCGCCCCCUCCCCCCGCCCCUGCUUCCAUGUUCUGUGUUCUGUGCUGCGUGUUCUUCUCUUGCUGUGAGUAGUGGUUUAAUGAUGCUCAUGCUGGGAUCACGCCCCACGCUGACCGUGUGUGUUCCAGAAACUUUUCUGUAUGAGUAUCAUGCUCCAAUCAAUAAAAGAAAGUUAACAAGCAGCUA